CCUAGGUGGCGGUGGUGGACACGUCAAGCAGGGCAGAAGUGGAGGGGGCUCCGGAGAGUCUUGUGGGGGUGACGGAGUAAGGUUCUGAGAGGCAGGCGCCGGGGGCCGGACUCGAGCUAAGAAGAAUCUUCUGCGGACUCAACUUGUGCUGGCAAAAUGAACCAUUCCCACCACAUGGGGAUGCACUCGAUGGACCACACCAUGCCGCCUUCGCACCUUCACUCGACCACGUCACCUUCCCACUCCCAUGGCGGCGGGAAUGACCACAUGAUGAUGCCUAUGACCUUCUACUUUGGUUAUAAGAAUGUGGAGCUCCUGUUCCCUAGAUUGGUGAUCAACACAGCUGGAGAAAUGGCUGGAGCUUUUGUGGCAGUGUUUUUACUAGCGAUGUACUAUGAAGGACUCAAGAUAGCCCGAGAGAGGCUGCUGCGCAAGUCACAAGUAAACAUUCGCUACAAUUCUAUGCCUGUUCCAGGACCAAAUGGAACCAUCCUUAUGGAGACGCACAAAACUGUCGGGCAACAGAUGCUGAGCUUUCCCCACCUCCUGCAGACGGUGCUGCAUAUCAUCCAGGUGGUCAUCAGCUACUUCCUCAUGCUCAUCUUCAUGACCUACAAUGGCUACCUCUGCAUUGCUGUAGCGGCAGGGGCUGGCACAGGCUACUUUCUCUUCAGCUGGAAGAAGGCAGUGGUGGUGGACAUCACGGAGCAUUGCCAUUAAUGUCAGACUCCAUGGUGUGGCCUUAUCGAUUGCAGUGGCAAGCAGUUCAAGACUGGAAGACUCGCUUCUUGUCUCCUUGCAUACACACAUCCACACGUACAUCUACUCAACAGAGUUUAGCGUACCAUCUCUGACCUAAGGUGGUCACUUCUACUGCUUUUUUUUUUUUCUAAUGAGCUGAGAUUCCCAUUUUUCUUGAGGUGAAGCCAUCCAUGAGAUGUCCUCCCCUCCCCCUUCAUUGUAGAUCUGAGUUAUAUGUUCUUGCUUAAUCCAGAUAGUUUUCUAGUCGACGACUUGAUCACUUGCUUCAUUUUUCUUUUGUUUUUACCUGAAUAGCCCAUAAGUGAAUUUGGUGUGGGUUUCUUGGGUCAAGUGAUGGAAAAGGAUUAACUUCAGUUAGGCAGAUGAGGGAAGUUCUUGCCCAGCUAAACCCAAAAUCCAACUUAACACUAAAAAAUAAGUUCCAGUUUUUGGACUCAAUGAGUGGGCAAUACGUUGUGCCUUUCUCUAGGUGUCAUGUGUUGCACUGAACUCCUUGUGGUGUGCAGGGCGCGUUUGAACGAAACACAGGACUGGAGCUUUAGAAGUGCCCAUGCUUGGGUGGCUGACUCAUCAGCUGUGUUCCCACUAAACAUUUUGAUUAGAAUGGUCUUGUCAAUCAAAAAAAUGACAAUCAUUUUGAGAAAAUAGAAAUAAUUUUUAAAUAAAACCAUUAGCAUUUUACUUUGACUUGGUACCUUGGUUUGCCACAUCUGAAUGAAGCAAAAGUUUGAAUUGUUUUCUCCUGUUUUUAUGUGUCUGCCUCUAGACCAGUGGUUUUCAUAUUUUAGAAUGCAUCAGAAUCACCUGGAAGUUUCAUAAAUAGUAGUCACUAGGCCUCAACCCACAGCCCCCAACUUGGUAUUUCUAACAGGUUCCCAAGUGACACUCCACAUGUUGAGAAUCUCUGCUUUAAACUGAGGGAUAUCACCAGUGGGCGAGCUGCCUGGUAUUGGGCAUGGAGAUUUGGGUUGUUGGUUGGUGGUGGCAUAUCUCACUUAACUCGUGUAUCAAAUGCUGCUGGUGAACACGUAAUCAUUCCAUGAACAUUUAUUCAGCUCCAGCUGUGACUGUGAUGCUCAAGGGCACAUGUACACAAGACUUUAUAGCCCAAGUGGCUUUUCUCAGCAUAUAUGAAAUCAUGAGUCUUUAUUUUUAAAGAUCUGUGGUUUCUUAGAGGUAGCUUGAAGGUUGAGAAAGACCUCUGAUCCAAAAUGUAAAUCUGCCGGAAGGGCAUAAGCUCAGCCCCUCUUUGGAGAGGCUUAGGGUAUGGUCUGCUGAUGGCCAGGCUUUCCUUAGCCCCUGACAUCAUGCCCACACCAGGCAGAUCCUCACCCUCUCUGUGACUAUCUUUGUGGCUCUAGUGGCUCAAUAGAUCACAAGUGACCAAAAUCUCUGGUCAAUAAAGAAUCACAUUGAGUUUUUCUUCUGUUCGGUUAUUGAUCUACACCAGUCUUGUUCCCAGUCCAAACUACCUCUGUGAAGUGACUUGUCCUGCGCUGGUCUGUUAAAACCUGCUCUCCUUGGUGCUAGACUUCAACUGUGCCUCAGGGCAGAGGCGGCACAGCACAGCCACCCUGUUGGCCUCUGUGUGGUUUUGGAGUUAGCGCUUUCUCUCUAAGUGCCAGUUAAAUCUCGACAAGCAAGGAACAUGUGCUUCCUUGGCUUUCCACCAAGACAGAGUUAUGAGCCCAGGGGGCUGAGGAUGACAUCUAAGAGUCAACAUUUAGAGUUUGUGUUUGUCUCUCUUUCCUACCCCUUGUAGUACCAAUGCUAUGCAUGAGCAGAGUGAAUGACAGGGACUGACAGAGCCCAACACUAAGAUGUAAAUAGCCUAUUAUUGUCUCCUAUGCCAAGGAAUAAUAAAACCAUGGAGAAUAAAGUAAGAAUCAAGGUUAAGUAGUGACAGACCCUGGUGCUCUAGAAUCCUUGGCAUGAGCUGCUAUGAAAUACCUUGUCAGGAAAGGACCUCACUAGUCAGGUAAAAAGAAAUCAAGGUCACUUAAGACAAAGUGUUACGACUUUGAGACACAGAGAGAAGCAUCAGUUUGGGGUAGGUCUUCAGGUAUUCAAGACACAGUCUCAUGAAAGGCUGAAUUCCAGAGAUUCUUAAACCUUGCUGACAUAUAUAUAACCAAAGGUUGCCAAAGGGAGAAGUUAGUGAAGGAAAAAUAUUGCGUCUUCCUUUUGCUCUUGGAUUAUGUCAUACAUUGAUCUCAAUGACUUUCAUUUCGUGUCUCAGUUCAUUCUGAAAUCAGUGCCUCGCUUAUAUGUUCCUUUGAGCAAAUUUUUUUUCCUCCUUCACUGUUCACCUCUGUUAGAAGCCGGUUUCCCCACUUCUCUGUCCUCUUAUUCUGCUCUCCUUUUUCCUUUCAUGUCCUUAGUUGAGUAAUUCUCCCUAGCCCUCCUGAGGCAGUGGACAUUGCCCUGUAGUGUGAAUAGACACAAACCAGAUUCGUGAGAUGUGGUAGAGACCUUAAGCUGUUGUCCCACUGGGAUGUCUGUAAGGCUGGGUAAAGGGCUCUCCUAGUGCCAUCCACAGAGUUACAGGAACUUAGGUGCUGUUUCUAGCCUAUGCAGGGGGAAUGCUGAAUCCCCAUUGCCACACACAGGGAAUCCUCUGUGCCCACCAGAAGAUUAAUAUUUCUUCACUACUUCUCUGGAAGAGUGUCUGGAAUUCCCUUCCAGGCUGUGGGGCACUGAUUAGGUUCUAGCCACAAAGAGCCAGAAGGAGUGGGGUCAGGAGGUGCCCGCUCAUGUCAUUUAAUUUUGACCUUGCCCUCUCCCACUGCUGCUUUCAGAAGAUACAUCUAAAGAUAUAAAGUCUGCUUUUGAUAUAAUGCCUUAAUCACUGGGUCUACAUUUAAUGUUGACUGUUUUAGAUUGUAAGCUCCUAGAGAGCAGUGUUGCUGUAGAAGGAAUGUUUUAACAACGUCGUGCAAAAGAA